AGAAGAGAAGCGAUGCUGUGAACUUUAUAUUCGUUUUGAUGUCGACAAAUAUUCAAUACCUGAUCUUCCAGACAUUGCUGAGCAGCCCAUUUAAAAAGUUGUGCUCCAAUUUCUGGGGUGGGGGGCAGUUGGUUUUUAUUGUCGGCAGACAUGAAGUCGGCCGAAUGAAUAAGCAGAUGAGAGUAUUACUAUGCCUAGCCGUGUUCACACUUGUGUGAUAAAGACCACUGUUUCCGAUUUCUCCGAAGAGGUAGCGUAUUCCAGCGACGUGACAUGAGUAACAAGUUGACGCGCUAUGACGAAAUAAGUGAGCGAUGACUCUUCGAAAGCUACUAUGGAUGUUAUUAAUAUUGCAUAUUACCACUGUUUCAUCUACCAACAAAUCUCGAACAAAAGAUAGCGGCGAAAUUGACGGCAGAUGUCUUCAUGGCGACAUAACAAUUCCUAACAAUGAACGCUUCACGCCUGAAGAGGACGCAUGCGCAACAUGUAUAUGCCAGGAAGGUAAGGUGACAUGUAAGCCGAUAAUAUGCCAGGAACUGAGCUGCGAUAUUACCAUCAAACGACCGAACGAAUGUUGUGCCCGUUGUGCAACUACCACUAUACACAUUGCCAACAUAACCGAAGAAAAAGAAAAGUCGGAUGGAAAGUCAACGCUGGCAACCGAUAUUGCGUUGUCAGAUUUCGUUCCGAUCGAUGAAACAACAGGGAUAAUACUACGUCUACCGCCCCCACCGAUGAUACCUCCACCUCCUCCUUCAAGGAUGAACAUUGACUCGGAACCGACGAUAAUUCCAACCAUGGCUCCACCCACUCCGCCAACAUGUACCAAGGACUGUACAGAUCAAUGCGGAUGCCCUCCUGGUCCGCCAGGUGCACGCGGACCUCCUGGACCAGCUGGCGAACAAGGACCACCGGGAGAAAUUGGACCACCUGGACCACCUGUAAGUUAAUGUGAAACAUGAAUUAGUUAUUAUCAAAGAUCGCCAAGAUAUUAUUUACACAUAAAGACAAUAGUGUACACUGUGUUGUAAAAUAAUUAACAUGUACAU